AUCAUUUCCUACGGCCAGUCGACCAUGGAGGUUCUUUGGCUGCUUCUCUUGGUAUCCUAUCUGAGUGCAACGCGGGGCGAUGGCAACUGCACCACCUGCGAUGCGUGGGUCGAUCGUGCGGUGUGUGGCUUCAAUAACAGAUGCUACACCAGUUUCAAGAGCUCCUGCGAACUGGAAAUGAUCAAUUGCAAGCUACCGGAUGCGUACAAGUUCAAGGAAACAGCCUUUUAUGGACACUGCUUCAGAUCCACGGUGCAAAAGUGCAAAGCCUUCGUUUUGCUAGAGCAGCUGAACAAAAAGGACAAGUCCGUUGAAAUGUUCGCCUAGGCAGUUAUAAUAAAUAUUAAAAAACCAUA